GACGCAGGACUCUUCUUUUGGAAAUCUGAUAUUACCAGUUCUUCCCAGAUUUGAUAGUAAAUGAAUUAUUAUUUGCAAAGAUGGACAAGUGUAUAUAUAAAUAACUAAAUAUUACUAAAGACUGCAUAAAUUGUGAUUGACAGUCUUUGAGAAGAUAAUGGCUAAUCUUCGGCUUCGUCAAUUAGAAGAGUAUCUUCAACAAAUGGAUGUGUUUGAAAAGCCAAAAAUCUUGCUUGAGCAAUAUGCCACUAGUGCACACAUUGCCUCACAUAUGUUGUACACUGCACAAUCGCAGUUCAACGAUAUAGAAGGUAAAAGCGUGGCAGAUUUAGGCUCUGGAUGUGGUAUAUUGUCACUGGGUGCCAAAAUGCUUGGUGCUGAAUACGUAGUUGGAUUCGAGAUAGAUUCAGAUGCAAUUGAUAUACAAUAUGGGAAUUGCACCGACAUAGAACUUUUUAUUGAAGUUAUUCAAUGCGAUAUUUUGCAAUAUUUACCAGGAAAAUAUGAGAAGUUCUUUGAUACUGUUAUAAUGAAUCCACCUUUUGGCACUAAAAAAAAUGCCGGUAUCGAUAUGAAAUUUCUCGAAAUAGCAAUGAAACUUUCGUCCAAUGCGAUUUACUCAUUACACAAGAGCAGCACGCGAGAUUAUAUUCUCUCGAAGGCGGCACAUCUCGGCGCAGAAGGAAAAGUGAUAGCUGAACUUAGAUACGAUCUACCAAGGGCUUACAAAUUUCACAAAAAAGCUUCCGUCGACAUACAGGUAGAUUUUAUACGAUUUGAAUUGAAACGCUGA